AUGAAGAAAAUUGAUGCCAAAAGUUCGGAGACUGUAACCUCAGCCUUAAACUUGUUCAAUCUACCUGAAACUAAUAUCUCUGCCUGUCGAUCUCAAUACAAUGAGAAUCUGACAUUGAAUCCUAUCGAAACUGCUCCAUACCGUUUCCGGAUAGACUCAGGAUCCGGAUACUUGGAUCUCAGCAAAUCAUAUCUAAUGACUACAUUUAAACUCCAGAAAAAAAGCGACGAUGAUAAAUGGGUGAAAAUUGAAGACACCGACAAAGUUAGUGUAAUCCAGGGGCUAGGAGCCACAUAUAUAGCAAAUAUGAAAAUUUUGUUAAAUGGCCAAGAAAUUUACAAUUCAAAUUCUAUGCAGAGUUUCAAAACAUAUUGGGAUUGUAUUCUGACAUUCCCUCGAGAUUCGUUGGAAACACAUCUUGGAUGUAUUGGGUGGAAAUUUUCCGAGAAAAUUGAUAACAGCGAAGAUUCAGGUUUUAAAUCACGCCGUUCAUUGUUUUUGGAUGGAAAAGCCCAAUUUAUUACAAAAAUAUUUGCCAAUUUAUUCCAACAACCUUUGUAUUUACUCAAUCAUAUGCAGGUAACGUUCUAAAGCAAAUGUCCAAAAAGUUUUUUUUACAGCUCGAAGUCGAAAUCAUGCCUCACAGAGAGGCGUUUUGUCUUGAAAUUCAUGAUGAAAAUGAUUAUCGGCUCGUAAUAACAGAUUGUAAAUUUUACACAAAGAGUCUCGAGCUAAAUGAUGGAGUAAAUGUGGGGUUAAACAACACCCUUCUAAAAAAUCCUGCUAUGUAUCCAAUGAAGCGCUCAGAAAUGAAACACUACUUCAUUUCUCCAAACCAGACCGAAUUUUCUACUACCUUAUUCACUGAACAGGUUCCCCGAAGAGUAGUCUUGGGUAUCGUUAGCAAUAAUUCGUUUAACUCAGAGUCGAAAAAAUCACCUUUUAAUUUCAUUAAUGCGCACGUGAGGUCAAUAACUUUAUCAGCUGGGGGGCUCAAUUAUCCCAACGCUCCUUACGAGCUGAAUUAUGAAACUAACUGUUAUCUCAGGGCAUACUAUGAUCUCCAAGAUAAUUUAAGUUUCGCUUUCUCAAGCCAUUCCAACUGUAUCACCCGGGAGAUGUUCAAAGAAGGCCAUGCAAUUUAUGUAUUCAACAUGACUACAAAUCAAGAAGAUAUGAAUUCUUUUGAUCUAAUAAGAAGAGGUGCCACAAGCGUCAAUAUUCGAUUUUCGAAGCCCGUGCCCUCUGAGGGUUAUAUUCUUAUUGUUGAGUCCGAAAUGGACUCGUGCCUUAUGAUCGACUCUCAAAGAAAUUUGUCCACCGAUAUUUCAGCUUAGUCUAAUUUUUUGCUUAGGUCAUGGAAGGUCGUUAUAUUAUUCAAAAUAUUAUUGCUACAGUAUCCUCGAGUAAGAAAAAAAUUAUAAAAAUAUUAAAAUGUUUUAAGAUGGCAAAGUCGAUUUGUUAAAGAUUAAACAAGGACAUCCGGAAGUAAAAUAUAACCCUGAAAAAUUUGGUGCGGUUAUUAUAAAAAUGGGCUACUCUACUGUCUUGGUAUUCAAGUCCGGCAAAAUGGUGUCAACGGGCUGUAAAAAUAUCGCCCAGAGCAGGUAAGGAAACUGUUUAGAACGACAAAAAACUUUUAAAGGCAAUCAUUUGAGGACGUCAAAAAGUAUUUGGAUUUCGAUGUAAAAUACAGCAAGUUCCAAGUGCAAAAUAUUGUUUCUUCAUUUAAUUUUGGAAAAAAGAUUAACUUAACAAAGCUGUAUGACUUGGACCGCGUUCAAUGUUUUUAUGAACCUGAGAUUUUUCCGGGUCUAAACAUGCGAUUAUUACGCCCAAAAAUCACAGUGUUGGUCUUCACUUCUGGUAAACUGGUCAUGACUGGGGCAAAAUAUGACACGGACUUUCGAAUUUGUCUUCACAAAAUUCUUCCAAAGCUGGAGGCCUCUUCCAAAUAAAUAUAUCUAUAAAAGCCCCACGCAGUCUUCGCCUUUUGUUAUUCACUUUGUCGUAACUUUUUGUUUUUUCUCGGAUCAAUAAAUUUUUUUCUAAUUUGUCUGCAAUAAUGCCUACUCUUCUCCAAUAUUUGUGCGAAAAAUACGAAAUUGAUGUCUUAGGACUGAAGGAGCUCAUCUUUGACCGUCACUCCAGAGCCGAGAUUUUAAAGGAAAUUAAAAACCUAAAACUGAUGACUAAUUAUGGAGUUCCUAGACCCCUGCCAGUCACGUUCGUUAAUUUUACGGUCUUGGGGUCCAACCGAUAUCCUGCAUAUAAUGGGUAUCUCGACAUCAAUCUGAGGCAAUUCUACUACGUCAAACAUCGAAAAGUAGUCACUUAUUUCACCUUAAACUGCCUACAAAUUCGCGAGGGAAAUUCUUACAAUGCGUACCCCUUGGAGCUUGUUUCUGUUAUUUGAUUCGUUAAUAAACAAUUGAAACAAUAACGUAAUUUUUUUUGAAAAUAUACAACAAGUUUUGCCGAUACUUGUCACUAUAUCUUAUUUAUUGUUCUAUUGUUAAUAUAGAUUUAAUUAUUGAUUUCAUGUUUUUAUCAUCGAUUUUUGAGAGUUUCAAAGCAAUUUCGUGGUUUGAUAAACCAAGACUGUGUAGAUAGAUAAACAAAAUACAAUAAUGUCCACAAACAUCCGAAAAAAUGCCUUGAACAGGGAUUGUCCAUUUGAUUACAUUCGGAAAAAUAUUAGAAAUCUGAUGGGGAGGGGGGCAUGCAAAGGAAUCGAAAAAGAGGGGUUUUUCAAGAGAUUGCUGAAAAAAAAGUGCGGUCCAAUGACUACCAGGUUUCGUCGAGGGAUCUGUAUUAAUUAUGUAUGAUGCUGGAAGUUUUCGGGGUAUCUCUACUUCAUCAAUUGAUAAAACUUCAAUGAAGUUGGUUCUGGUUAGAGGGUGGGUUCUCAUUAUCUUCCGAAUCUGCCUUUCGUCCAUAACUUGGGAGUUUUUUCAGAGCAAAAAUGCUAAAAAAUCCUAGUAGUGAACCAAUGUAAAGGAAGCAAAAGAUAAAGUCAGAAUAUUUUCCACACUGAUUAGGGAUUUCAGGCAAAUACAUUUUUUUUGUAAAUAAGCAAGAUAAGUAAAAUGUAUUUAUAGACUUACAUAUUUUUUUCCAGUCAUUUAUUUUUAAUCCAUUUCCUAGCUGAUUUUUUUUAAGGCGCAUUGGGGGGCUAUUGAGGCGUAGCAAUGUCUCCAAAUGAUUUCUGGUCCUUUUGUCAUUUUGUAAGCGUUUCAUUAGAGUAUCCUCACCACUUAUAUUUUGACCUUGGCCUUCGUUUAGCCAUUUGCUCAUUACGGCUCUCCAAUUACUAUGUCCAUACCAUCCAUUAUUGUUAGGCUUCGAAAUUCUCCCUUUUGGGGAUAAACCAAAAUCUCUGGCAUUUGCUUUUAGUUGACCUAGCAAAGCAUUGUAGGCGCUUUUCCGAUCUUGUUUUUGAAGAUUGGUACCAAAUCGACUGAUUGGAGUUGAAGUUGAGGGCGCAAGGUUUUCUGGUGUUUGUGGUCUAACCGAGGGUUCAAAUUCAACGCGUUCUGGAGUUCUUAAUGACUGCUCUCGAGUUGUUAUGAGUUCAGAUUCAAGAUUUUCUGUCUGAGCUAUCUUCUGAGGAAUAAGAUUAGGUAAUCCAGUUUCCUCAGCUGAAUUUUCAACAAAAUUUUCGUUAAUUUUGGUAGCAAUAGUUCCAUUAGUUAAUUCUACUUUAACAGGCUUUGACUCAAUGAUUUUUUUAUGCUUCAAAAAUCCUGGAAGUCUCUGAUUCAACAAAAAAUUCUUUUUUGAGGAAUUCAUUUUUUUAUCAGCCAUAACACUGUCUACAAUCUUGUCGGAAAAAUUGUCAAGAGAAACUCCCUUCAUAAAGCCCUCAUAAAGAUCUUGAGGCACCAAAAAAAAUUUUUUCAUUGCAACAGUCUUUUAGUCAGUUCCAAGACUGCAGGUAUAAUGAAAGCAGCAAACGGAAUUCCGGAGCCUUUUUGGAGUAUUUUUUUCGCUCCGUUUGUACUUCUUUUCUUGGCAACUGCCCUUAUGAAAUCUGCGUGAGGCAAUAAACGUUCUUUCUGUUUUUUGGUCAAUUUUAUGUUACCCUUCAAUAAAUUAUAACAAAUUUCAACUAAAAACUCUAUUUGCUUUUUUUCCAAAUUGUCUACAAAUUCCCUUCUUUUUCUCUCGCUUUUUAUAGAUGACAAAGAUUUUAAAAAUUUCAAAUGGCUAGACAUUACUGAUGGUAAACACUUCUGUAUUUAUGGUCUUUUUAUAACUUAUAAACCGUCUGAAUUUCGCCUGGAAAGAUGUUCGCCCUGAGACGCAGGUGAUUUGGAGUUGUAGGGUGAAGAUCUAUUAAUAAGUAUUGAUACGGAAUUGCCGUCGCGUCGCAAUAUGCAUCAUAAAACCCUUUUGUUUUGGGAAACAGUUGGGACCCCAAUGUUCGGAUUUGUAAUGAGGCGUUCGGAGCUUUCAUUAGAAUCAAAUACUGUGAAUUAAUUCGGGGAACACGAAGUUUUUUGUCGAAUGCAUUUUGUGUUAUGAAAAUAACAGAAAAGUCAUUGUGAUGAGAUCUCUUUGUGAAAACGUCCUCUAGCCAAGUCUCUCCCACACUACUAGUUAGAUCAUCAAGCACUAACAGAAAUGGCUUCUUUUGUUGUUUUAAUAGGUCAUCAUAGGGGGUUCCACUAUACGUUUUUACACCCAUACUUUCCAGCGUUAAUAUAUGAGUGCCAAAUUCUCCAUAACAAUAAACAAUUUCUUUUGGUUCUGGUGAUAAAAGCGAAUCUAUGUUUUCAAGAAGCUUAAUCACAAAACUAGACUUCCCCGAAGACGAUGGGCCACUGGUUAAAAUAGCGCAAGGGUGUUUAAAUCUCAAAUCUUUCUCUUCGACAAUCAUUUUUUCGCUUUUAUUUACUACUUAUGUUUUAACAAUUCUUUUAUAGAUUUUGAUUAAUCAAAUAAUCUUUUGUUUAAUUUAUUGGGAGGUUCGAGUCCUUCUUCAAACGGCUGGGUAAAGGGAGUUGUGCUAUCAAGUUGGCGUCUUUUGCGAGGAGUCUUUGGAGUUGGCAGAGUCUGGACGAGCUCGUCUUUUUUGCUAGGGGUCUUUGGAGCUGGCAGAGGUUGGAGAAAAUCCUCUAGAUUUGGUUUUGGUUUUUCAGUUGGGGAUAUGAUUGUAGUUUCUGGGAGCUCCGUGUGCGUAAACAUAAUUGUAGGCUUGGGAUUGAUGCUUGUAUUCCUGAUAAUCACGAUUUGUCCUCUCUCCAAAUUCUCAUACUUUUCCGCCUUUUCUCCAAUUAAUUUUAGGCUGUGGGAAUUCUCUUCGUUAUCAACGAAAAUAAGGACAACUUCUCGUGUUCUACCAUUUACAACCUCUUUUCGGGUGUAGAUAAUUCGGGAUCUACAAAAUCUGAUUACAAAUCCUUAAAGACUCUGACUUACUCCUCUUUACUCAGUUUAGCCAUCUUUGCGUCCUUAGAAAUCAUUAUGACCAAUAUCUCUUUUACCUUACUUCUUUUUAUACUCAAUUUACCGUUUUUGUGCCCCGCCCCCGUAAAGUGUCUUUUUGAAUAAAUUACCCAACAGAUUUUUUCAGAAAAAGAAAAAUUUAUUACUUUAUAACUUUAUAUAUUGAAAUGAUCUUCGGCCAAUAAAGAUUCCUAGUAGAAGACAUACAAUCCCACACAUCACAAAAAUCAAUGAGGUUCCUGCAAUUAUCUGUGGAGAAAAGAUUUGGGGCACCAUCGAUUGAUUAGACGGUAAAGAUUCAAUAGAUUCCACAGAUCCUAACCAUCGGGGCAAACAUAGUCGAACCUUUCUACUAGAAGAAAAAAAAAUUAAAAGCUGUAAUCAAAACUCACUCAUAUGAUUCUUUACACAGGAAUCCUUCAGGGCAUUUAGGCCAUAAUCCACAUGAUGACGGUGGAGGGUUUAUUUUUUCAAACACCCGACCGUUCCACAUAUUUAUUUGGAAUCACAAUUAUUUUUUAUUCCUUUUACAUUUUUUUUGUUUUUUUGUUUUUUAUUUUAUGUUAAUUUAAUUGCAAAAUUUUAGAAUGUUUUUUUUCGCGCUCUGUUUUUUUCGCGCUCUGUUUUUUUACCUUUUUUCAUGUCGAUUUUGGGGGAUUUUUACUGUUUUUGUUUUUGUGCGGUUUUCUCCGUCCCCCUUUUUAAAAAUUUUCUGUAUAAUAUUUUUUAUGACCAUAUAUGCCUAUAAAAGCUCUGGCCCUCAUUUUUGAGGCCCUAAGCUCCGCCCUCUGAUAACAUAUCUGCAGAAUUUGUGGGAUUUUUACCUAUAAAAGGUCUGGCCCUCAUUUAUGAGGCCCUAAGCUCCGCCCCUCUCAUAUCUGCAGAAUUUGUGGGAUUUUUACCCAAUUCUCGAGGGGGGCACUAGCUUCUUUAAGACAUACCGCCAAAAUACUACAGUAAUCCUACGGAGUCAUUUAAAAAACACAUUAAAGUUGUAACAUAUCUGCAGAUUUUGUGGGAUUUUUACCCAAUUCUCAGAUCUUCUUUAAGACAUACCGCCCAGAAAAAAAAUACAGUAAUCCAUCGGAAUAAUUAAAAAAGCACAUUAAAAAUCCACAUACAAAAAAACAUACACCCUCCAAAAAAAAAGUUAUAAAUAUGAUAAUCACGCACCGCCCCCCUCCCCCCUCAAAAAAAAGUCCUACAGUAUCCCUCCGAUCAUUUUUUUUCAUAACACCACAAAAUCGGCAAAAAAAAAAAGUUGCCGAUUUUGUGGUUACAUUACUACUCAUAUGUGGGACAAGUGGUGAGUUGAAUAGGUUAGGCGUUGCAGAAUAACCCUCUGCUAUUCUUCUAUCAGUCUGUCGGGAAAAUAAUGUGGCUUUGUCCGUCUUGCCUCGCCACUCACCAAAUUCACAGUCGCCGCUAGCCGUGGCGAAGCGAUAUUGGACGAUUCCGCGGUGCGACGAAUCCACAUUAUUUUCCGACAGACUGAUAGGUAAUAAUGUCACUAUUUAAUCUCUGUCUCAUAGGUCAACGGUUCAAUCGAUGGGUUUUUGGGUCUGAUUCACAAUGGAGCAGCCGACACGCUUGCCUUAACAGUUUUCCAGGACGACGCUCGCCGAGAAUUUUUCGAUUUCACCAAACCUCUCUAUUUUGUGAGUCACUAGUUUGUAAAGAAAUACCAUCGGGAUGACAAAGAGCAUAAUGUCGCUGCGCCAAUCAAAAGCAAUGCUAUUUUACUGCGACACAAUUCAUUUUGCGUUGUGAUUUUCGGUACGACAUUGUGAUCAUUACUUUCCCGAUAGACUGAUAUACCGACCUUGUCGUUAAGAUACAAUCUUUUCAGUCGUAUUGCAAAGCCUUUCUCAACCUUCCCCGUGACGAUUGGAAUAAAUAUUUUGCCUUCUUCCAAAGCUAUCAUUACUCGGCUUGGAUUGGAAUAGUAACAGCUCUACUGGUUCAAUGUGCUCUCUGCAUCUUUGUCAACCGAAUUGAAGCCCGUGUUCAAAAGGUAGGUUAAAAAUUUGACGCUAAAAUUAUUCCAGCGCGACUCAACGGAGAGCGUAUUCGAAUUGGCAUGGCAAAUGUUACGCCUUCAAUUAAUGCAGUCUGAAACACUGCAACACAGCUUGACUGCCGGUAGGUACUUUAUGGCAUUAAAAUUGCUGCAAUAAAUCUUUUCAUCCUAUGGUUCGGAGCCUUUCAGGAAAAAUAUCGAUGGUAAUCUUCUCCCUGAUCCAGUGCACAGUCGUGAUGGGCGUUCUCAGCUCCUACAUUUUUUCAAAUCUAGUCCGACCAAAGCCUCCAAUUCCUUUCACGACUUUUGCGCAGUUCACAUCACUUGUGGCCGACGGAACUCUGCAUUUGGUGGAGGUGACAAAGCGAAAUGUCUUUUACGAAACUGUCAUCCACUCAAAUGCCGCGGAUUUCACCGCGAUGCGGAAGGCGCUGGAAUCGAACCCGCUCAGACUUGGAGCGUCAUUACAUCACGUCGUCGAUAUGCUGGAUGAGCCCGGGGCCGUACUCUUGAGAUAUGUAAGUAGAGCUAUUGAAAGUAAUGAGCGCAAUGCGCUGCGCCGAGCGGGCCACUGAAGUGAAAAACAAUUUGAUUUUGUCGCGACACAAUUCAUUUUCUCGCUCGCGAUGCGAUUUGUCGAUGCAACAGAGGGCUCAUUAUUUCCCCGGGAGACGCGAAAAAUGCCCUACAUCUUACGAAAAUAUCAGUCUGUCGGGAAAAUAAUGUGGGUUGGUCGCGCCUUGGAAUUUCCCAAGCAACUGUCGCGGUUAGCCGCGGUUGGAGAUUUGGUGUGCGACUGCCACGAGGCGAGCCAUUUUGCUGCAAAAAAUCCUCACUAUUUUCCCGACAGGCUGACAGUACUUUUAUAUGUUACAAAUAACGCUUAAGACCGUUGUUUUAGGAGGAUGAGCAUUUGGCUUUCGAUACGGCAAGAAAAUGCAACAUCUACGUGACCGACAUGAUAUUCCCACCAGUCUAUGGCCAUCUCGUCUUUCGAAAAGGCUUUCCUUUUAUGAAGCAAAUCAACGAAUUCAUCACCAAGGAGCACUGGAGAGUUCAAAGGCUCUGGCGGAAGUACCUAAAAGCCUAUAAAAAUCAUGUGGCAUGCGUUCCAUCCAAUGUUGAAGUCAUCGGAAGUAAGAUUCCCUCGUAUCUUCGGUAACAAACUGCUAUUUUCAGGUAAAUAUCCGUACAUUGGGACAGCGAUUGCUCUGUUCCUCGCGGAGAUGUUGGCCAUCGGUGUGCUGUUCGGGGAACUCAUUGUGUUCAAGUACAGAACGUGGAUGUCACGAAUUUUUUGACGGAACUUUCUUUUUUGAAUAAAAAUUUUUGUACGCCAAGAGAGAUUGAUCAUAAUGAAACGUUGCACUUGGGGUAUUCCCUGUCGCUAAAAAACGUGCUCUUUAGACAAUAAACACCCGUCCAAUCUGUUCCUAUGUGUUUGUUCCGUGGGCUGAAAUUACCAGGAAUGCAGCAUUCGGAGGAGCUAGAAGGGAAGUCACAACCCGACUAAAAACAAAGACUAUGCCUAAAGCACACUGUGAUUUCAUAACUCGUAGUUGUCACAUCGACAGAUGAACACCUCUUGGGCCAAGUUGAGGGUGAUUUAUACGGGUGGGAUGCCGGCUGUGAACACGGCUUGCAAAGAUUACCCCGUCCAAACGCCGCGAUCCUCCUGUUGGUUUCCGGGACUUCAUGUGGAGGUGGGUUGCGCAGUACCUCGAGUUGUUUACAGCAAGGUGUACAGGUUCUAAAGCUCAUUGCUGACGGACUUAAUCUAAGAAUCGAGCCGGUCAUUGUUCCGUCAGAGCAACCCAUAAUUGGGGGUGUGGUGAGUUUUUUGUUGUAUUUUCGAUUUAUUGUACAGAGGCUUGGCUGACAAGGGAGGCAGCCCCAGGGCGACGCUCAUACUUUCUUUCAAUUUCGCGCACGGAGUCCUGCAUAUUUCUUGGAAAAGAAGAUUCUAAACAUGUCUCAAGUUUUAUCAAAAUAUGACGUUGGGUAUCUCCCUUGCAAGUAACAAGCGCGUUUCCAGGUCGGUGACGACAUAACGGGUCUAUUAGGCUACAUUCAUAAUGGAACCGCCGACACGAUGGCUCUCACACUCUUUCAGGACGCUGAGCGACGAAAAUAUUUCGAAUUCAGCCGGAGCGUGUUCUACGUAAGUCCUUCCUCGCCAACAUCAACCUUGCACGUCAAACUGAGAUAAGCUAAAACGGUCCGAAGAGUGGAUUGGCAAUUUGCCAAAAAGGACGCGAAAAAACUUUUUGUCGCGAAGAAAUGGGGAAUUUUUUGGGCGAGAGAGUACGUUUUUGCGCGUCUUUUCUCUGACUUCUCUGUGAAAUUAAGACGACGUGUCGAAAACCAAUAGCGAAAUGUCUAUUCCGGUUACCCGCACUCCUCAGUUUGACGUGCCUUGUAAUCUUUAGUCCAACAAAAAGAUUUUCGUCAAUAUUCCGCAGGACAACUGGAACCAAUACUUCGCCUUCUUCCAAAGCUACCAACUGACGACGUGGAUUGGAAUUGCGGUCGCGCUUCUCGUGCAGUGCGUCCUGUGCGUUGUCAUCAAUCGAAUUGAGGCUCAAAUUCGAAAAGUUGGUUUAUCGAAAUUUCCAAUUUUGAUGACUAUUCAAAUUCAGCGAAAAUUGUGUAAUUUCAGCGCGAAUCGAAAGAAUCCGCUAUGGAGUUGGUGUGGCAAAUGCUCCGGCUUCAAUUACUGCAAUCCAAGAUUAUGCGGAAUAGCUCGAAAGCAGGUAAGGCAAAUAGUUUAAAACACAAAUCAUGUGGUUGUACAAGUCCGGUCGUAAAGUGCUAUGGCCUUUACAUCCCGUAUCGAUUGAUUUUGUGUUGGCCCGAAAAGUCGGGACGCGAUUUCUUUCUACCACUUUUUCAGGACCUUUAUUCGGUUUUGAGACUAAAUAAUUCCUUACCAAUGGGAAGCCAGGAAUUCUGCCAAACACUCGCUCAUUCCAGGGAAGUUCUCGGUGGUUGUCUUCUCGCUGAUCCAAUGCACAGUCAUUAUGGGAGUUCUGAGUUCCUACAUUUUCUCCAAUCUAGUCCGACCAAAAGCUCACAUCCCCUUCAAAACAUUCGAGCAGUUCACAUCGAUGAUCUCUGAUGGGACCUUGCACAUGGUAGAGAUCACGAAACAUAAUGUUUUUUACGAGGCCAUACUCAACUCGAACGCCUCUGAUUAUACGGCAAUGAGGGAGGCGCUGGAGAAGAAUCCGCUGAGGCUGGGCUCGUCGCUAAAACAGGUCAUGGCGAUGAUGGAUGAGCCGGGCGCAGUGCUCUUGAGAUCGGUAAGCUAGAGGAGUAUUCCUUUGUAAAACUCUUCGUAAACCUACCACUGCAAGUUUUAGGAAGACGAGCGGAUUUCCUUCGAACUCUCCAGAAAGUGCAAUAUCUUCAGCGCCGACACAAUCUUUCCACCAGCCUACGGAUACUUUGUUUUCAAAAAAGGCUUCCCUUACGUGGAUCGGAUCAACAAAAUCAUUGAAAAAGAGCACUGGAGGUUGCGGAGUUUGUGGCGAAAAUAUCUCGAGGUUUAUCGCGGUCAGAUUGAUUGUGCUCCAGCCAGCACGCAAGUCAUUGGACGUGAGUUUUGGUACUGGCCGACCCUUUGCGACUUUUCGAGUCGACGACAGUUCGGGUCAACACAAAGUCGAUCGAUACGGGGUGUAGGGCAGAUGGAUGCCCAUAAAAAGGUUGUAAGAAGUGCCUACGAGGGCUGGCAAAGCCAUUGGAUGGUCGGCGGAUGGUCGGCGGAGACUUGCAAGAUGUCCACCUUUUCUAAUUUUAGCUAUUAUUUACUAAUGCUAAUUUUCUUUGCCAUGGAUUACUGUAAUGUUACAAUAACUCAGAGGCAAGAGAAGUAGGGUUGGCAAUGGCUAAAAUUAGGGAAAGUAGACAUAUUAUAAGUACCCGCCAAGCCUCCGCCGAGCCACCGCCAAUCAUUCAGCGGCUUUCACAGGCCUCGUAGUCACUCCCUACAACCUUUUUAUGGCCAUCCACUUGCCCUACACCCCGUAUCGAUCGAUUUUGCGCUGACCCAAACUGUCGUCGACCCAAAACAUUUUUCCACGAGUGGAAUCUUAGUAAAUCCGAUUUUUCUUUCAGCGAAAUAUCCGUAUUUUGGCACUGUGGUGAUACUACUUUUGGUGGAACUUGUUGCGAUUGUCAUCUUCUUCGGAGAAGUGAUAGCGCGCUAUGUGAAGAGACUUCAUUGGAAACAGGGACGUGUCCCAAGUGCGACGCUCUGA